UCGACCUAUCAGCUGGAGACAAGACAGCCUCGGCUCCUCCCACCGAUAACCCGAAACCAACAUCACUGCCGUCUCGCUCUCAGCCUUUUGUUCAUCACAUUGGACCCCAAAAAUGGAGAUGCCCAACUCGUCCAUGGGAAGUCACCAGGUCGCAAACUCCCGGCAGUAGCAAGAACAUCCCCACUCUCUCUCUCUCUAUCAUCUGAUGAGUGACGGUCAUCAGUCUGUCGUUUAUUUGGUCACAGCCCUCGUCGCCCUUCUGCUCAGUCGCUCGGUCGCCCCAGCGGCUUAGCCUCCUCUGCCUCUGGCGUCUGGUCUGCUCGCCAGUCGCCUCACUCUGUCGGUCUCCCAGCACGCACGCCUCCUCUACCUCUGGUCUGCCUCCUCCAUCGGUCUCCCUAUCGCCCUCCUCACCAGGAUGUGUUGAACUCGGAUGGAUGGACGGAUGGAUGGAUGGAUGGAAGGACACUGAACAAAAUCUAAGCGGGGCCUUUUCUUUUCUUUGUUAAUUCCGGUUAGGUUUAACCGAAGCGAUUGAAGCGAAUGGACAGCUCUAAGUUACUGUACUCAUCGCUUCUCUUUCACAAGCCAUGCUUCAACCGAAACUCCAAUCCGUUAUUACCCGCCAAUUUACUACUCAAAUCCAAGAACACCCAGCCGAAAGGCUCACGAAAACUCUGCUCUCCAUCCUCAAGAGAUGCAAAUCCUCGAGAACGGUCAAACAGAUCCAUGCCCAAAUGCUCGUUCACUCCAUAGAGAAGCCCAACUUCCUCAUCCCGAAGCUCGUAGAGGUCAAAGACAUGCCCUAUGCUUACCUUAUUUUCUCCCAAAUCCCAAACCCCAAUGACUAUGCUUUUAACAUCAUGAUUCGCGGGAUCACCACCGCGUGGAACAAGUAUGGGUUGGCGCUCGAGUUCUACUACGAGAUGAAGUCUUUAGGGCUGAGGCCAAAUAAGUUCACUUACCCGUUUGUGCUCAUUGCUUGUGCUCAUCUUGUGGACCUGAGCCAUGGGACGGCUGCCCAUGGCUCUGUUUUUAGACUUGGGCUGAACACGGAUGAUCACGUCGCCCACUCUCUGAUCACGAUGUACGCGAGGUGCGGCGAGCUGUUACAUGCACGUAAAGUAUUUGAUGAAAUUGAUGAGAGGGACUUGGUUUCGUGGAAUUCAAUGAUUUCAGGGUAUGCAAAGAUGGGUUGGGCCCGGGAUGCAGUCCAGCUGUUUAGGGAGAUGAGGGGCGCAGGCUUUGUGCCUAAUGAGAUGACUAUUGUGAGCACUCUUUCGGCGUGUGGGGACUUAGGAGAUUUGAGCACAGGAAGAUUGAUUGAGGUGUUCAUCCUGGAGAAUGAGAUUAAAGUCAACUCAUUCGUGGGUUCUGCUCUGAUUGACAUGUAUGGGAAGUGCGGGGAUUUAGCUUCUGCAACGAAGAUCUUUGAUGGGAUGGAGAAGAAGGAUGCAGUUACUUGGAAUGCGAUGAUCACGGGAUAUGCUCAAAAUGGUAUGGCGGAUGAAGCAAUCGCGCUGUUCAAUAGCAUGAAAGAGGCAGGUGUAGACCCGAACAAAAUUACAUUGACUUUGGUCUUGUCUUCAUGUGCAUCAGUUGGAGCACUUGACCUGGGAAAAUGGGUUGACAACUAUGUAUUAAGCUGUGGCAUAAAGGAUGAUAUAUACAUAGGGACUGCCUUAAUUGAUAUGUAUGCGAAGUGUGGGUGUUUAAAUGAUGCUCUGAAUGUUUUUGAAGAGAUGCCCAAGAAAAAUGACGUGUCUUGGAAUGCCAUGAUAUCUGCUCUUGCUUCUCAUGGUCGAGCAAAGGAGGCUUUAGCGCUAUUUAGGCGCAUGUUGAAGGAGGGUGGGUCCGUCUUUCCUAAUGACAUAACAUUUGUCGGAGUACUCUCAGCAUGUGUGCAUGCUGGUUUGGUAGAUCAGGGUCGCUACCUUUUUAAAUUGAUGGGUGAGUUUGGUUUGGAACCAAAAAUUGAGCAUUUCUCGUGCAUGGUUGAUCUGUUAUCACGUGCUGGACUUCUAUAUGAAGCCUGGGAUUUUAUAACAAAAAUGCCCGGGAAGCCUGAUGAAGUUGUGUUGGGGGCUUUACUUGGUGCCUGCCAGAAGUGCCGAAAUGCAGAAAUUGGUGAACGGGUUACGCAGCUACUUCUGGAGAUGGAGCCUUCAAAUUCUGCAAACUACGUUAUCUCUUCAAAACUAUAUGCAGAUAUAAAGAGAUGGGACGAGUCCGCAAGGAUGAGGAUGCUGAUGAGAGAUAAGGGAGUAGCUAAGGUCCCUGGCUGUAGUUGGAUAGAGAUAGAGAGUCUUCUCCAUGAAUUUCAUGCUGGUGAUCCCUUACCUGACAGUGUUGUGGAGAUUUACGUUGUUUUGGUCGAUGAAAUGAGGAGGGAAGGUUAUGUGCCAAAUGUUCAGUAUUUCAUACAAGCGGAGAGAAUUAAUGGAGGAUUUUGACAGUCAACAAUUAAACAAAUAGCUAGAUCUUAACAUAAUCAGGUUGAUAAUAUUUGGUGAAAUUUGUGCUAUUCUUGCGGUGUACUAUACAUUGUGUAUGAGCUGAUUCAUUGUUAAAAGGCAAAUUUGUCCCUUUCUACUCACUAGUUUUAAGCUACUAACUACUAAAAAUGAUGCUCUCUCUUUUCCCUUUUGCAAAUAAUAUAUUGUAAGCAGCUCUUCUUGGAUCAUAUAUUUUCUAUAGAAUGCCACAUGCAUAAUUUCCGGACGCAGGAUGGCGAACGAAUUGCAAUCCAAAAGAGUCCCUGACAAAGAUGGAAUGUUUUGUCUUCCGGAGCCAUUUGCAUUUGUAGAAGCAAUUGAAGCUUGCGACUCUAUACUUAAAGAUGUUGCAUUAUUAUCUCAAGUUCUUGGGCAUGUUACUCCUCUUAGGCAAAAUCUACCUCAUGAAACCUCACCAUGCGAACAACCAAACAAGGGUUAUAAUGGUUCAUGCAGAAGACGCACAUGCAGUUGCUUAGUUGCCUGUGGCGUACUGCAUUCCGUAAAAGCACAUUGCAAAAUAUAUUGUGAUGGCCUGAUUCUUUUGCUGUAUCAGAGCUUGGGAAGUCCUGGACAGCUGAUAGUCCGACUGAUAAAUCCGACUCGUUAAUGAUCUGAACCUGCAGUGACAGCAUUCGAUUAAUGUGCACAGGAUUCCGCAUUUUGUCAAAUUCUCUUUACCUUUGUAGUUCUAUCUCUCAUCCAAUUCCAAUGUAACUCAAAUGUGGAGAUCUAAUAGUGUGUGUGGUUUUAAAUUUGAAUUGAGUUGAAUUUUGAUUUUAAUUGGUUUGUAAUGAUUGUAAUAUUAAA